GCGCCCCGCAUGGCAGUGGAAAACCUACGCAGUAUCUAUCAACGAACGAUUAUACACACAUCGGGAAAGCCCUUCACUAUUAGAUCAACCGGGAUAGUAAAGACUGCCUCCGGGACCUAGGCUACCAGAAGUUACUAUAUCCAAAUGUCGUCUUCAAGCUUUUAAAAACUUUUUAAAGCAUGUGCAUACAGGAAUGUGCCGUUUUUGGGGGCGAAGACUUUACAUUUACAGCAACCGUAAUAUAAUUUGUAUUCCAGCUCUGAACAUUUGGCUAUAAACGCCAUGGUGUAAAAACGCCAUGUCUCGUUUCUUCUGGCCAUGAUGGAUUUAUGUUCGUUACAUAAAAGUAUCACAAAGGAGCGGAAUGUAGCUCGCCUGUUUCUCCAACUCCCUGAAUAGGUGUUUUCGGUGCGUGCAGAACAAACCAGAAUCGUCCCUUACACUGGUGGGCAACUGUAACGCAAUUUGUAUCACAUUCUUUUUGGAAGCAGCAUUUGAUCAACGAGGAAUAUUCGCGGAAUAAGCAUUGUUCCCCCUUUAAAAAAAAUUUCGCCACAACAUUGUAGCUUGUUGUGCGAUCGUCGCAUCAAAGGUGAGGUGUUUUUAUUUUUUCCCUUUCGCUUAUUGCAUAAAGUGUUUUUUGUUUUCAAAGCCAAACGGUGUGUAAUCCACCGGGCUACUCUACUAAAAGUUCCCGUGCGUGUUGGAGCGUACAGUGAAAUCAUCAUGAGGAACAGCGAGGAGGCGGAGGGGUUUGAUGGCGAGGCCUCCAACACUUCCAUGAUCUCCGGAGCAAGUAGCCCAUACCAGCCCACCACCGAGCCCGUACACUCAAGGAAUGUUUUGGGUGGCAUUAGGUGUGACUUUGAAUACCUGAAGUCACACUUUGGCAUAUUAAAGGCCGUUGAAGUGGGCCUGGCCCUCAUAGCCUUCAUCUGCAUAGAGACCAUCAUGCUGUGCCUACCCUGUGGAGGGGUCUACGUCUUUGAGUUUGUCAGCUGCAGUGCCUUUGUAGUCACCGGCGUCCUCCUCCUCAUCUUCAGCCUCAGUCUGCACACCAAAGUGCCCCAAGUCAACUGGAGCCUGACGGACCUGGUCAACACUGCAGCCAGCACCUUCUUCUUCUUCCUGGCUUCUGUGGUCCUGGCUGCUCUCAACCACAAGUCUGGAGCCGAGAUCGCAGCAGUGAUAUUUGGCUUCCUGGUGACGUGUGUAUACGCUGUGAACACCUUCCUGGCGGUGAAAAGGUGGCGUAUAGGUGACGGGCGCUCAGUGGCGGUCCAGACCAGUGAGUACAUGCGAGCCCGCACUGCCUCCCGGGGAGAGAUGGAGGCACGGCCUGACCUGGCCUGAAGGAGGUGACAUUCUGAGACCAAGACUGACAUUUAGGGCUUCUAUCCUACCAUACCCUCUCUCCCACUACCCCCUAGUGACAUAACCAAUCACUGUACCCACUCCAUGGAUGAGCACUGCAGCCUCUUUACUUGGGGGUCUCCUUUGGCGAGAGACCCUCAAGGCCUGGACUCAGAGCCCUAGCCACCUGAGAGUACCAACACACAGACUGGCUCAGAGAUCUGCCUCUGUCGACGGUCAUCAAGAACAUUGACUUGAUAUAAAUUAAGUGUUUUUCUGGUUUUGAAUUCAGCGUGGUUUGAAAUCUUGCUCCAGUGUUUUGUAAAUGCUCUUGACUGUGUGACUUAGCCACUGGUAUCUAUGGCCACCAGCACAUACUGUACAGGGUUUGGUGGUUGUGUUAUUUGCAAUACGUACAGGUAGCACUGUCUGUUUUAGAAAUUGAAUGAUUUUUUUAACACUACAGAUCUGACACACAAUGAGAACAACAAUUUAAUAAAUUAAAUUGAUUUAUAUUUUUUUGAACAUGAACUUGAAAAAAAAGGACCAAAAGCUUAGGCCUAUUUGUUACGGCAGGUCGAUCAGUUAUUACGUUUAUGAACUCCGAUACUCCUGAAACACAUUCCCAACACAGUUCAGUUCCACAAUUUCAUUACAUGUCAGUUGUCUCUCUCUCUGUAGAUGUAAAGUAACCAUCCUCAGUGUAUCUCACUAAUACACAACACCGAACCACAUGGACUUUUGAAGGAAGAUUAAAGGUAUUUGUUUUUUACUAAUUUUUAUUGAAGGACUUUUGAUUGACAGUUUCUUCAGAAACUAUUCAUACCCCUUGACUUAUUCCAAAUUGUGUUGUGUUACAGCCUGAAUAAAACAUGUAUUAAAUAUGUUUUUUCUCACCCAUCUACACAUGUUUUUAUACAUUUUAGCAACUUUAUUGAAAUUAAGGCUGGAACACAACAAAAUGUGGAAAAAGUCAAGGGGUGUGAAUACUUUCUGAAGGCAAUGUAGUUGGUAUGGGUGCUAUUUGUAAAUGGUUAAAGAGUAUAAAUGUGACGUUUAUAGGUGUUGUACCUAUAGUAUAUCUGGCCUAGUGAGUGACAGACAAAUUGCACAGCGAUACGUUACUAACAUGGUGGUACGUUUGGUAAUUGAACGAAAUACUGAUAAACAGGUGCUGGUCGAGGUCAGUGUCCAUGGCACAUCUCAGGUAUUGGCUGACUCAUCAUUUCUGUUUUAUUUUCUGUUUGAAACUUAAAUGUGGCAACACAUACAUUUGUCAAAAGAUGCUGCCUUCUUAAUAAUUGGGUCCAUGGCAUAGUCAUUCACAGAAUGGCACACCAAUGGGGUUUUACUUUUUGCCCUGAAUGUAUUUCAGUUGAAUGUGUGAUCUUAUUCAUCUUAUACAGCAUACAUUAUCCCAUAUCUUAUUUCAUAAAACACCCUCGCAGACAAUUUAACUUCCUGUAUUUUUUUGUUUUGGUACAGACAAACAGAGCAAGGGACAUUGAGAUCACAUUUAUGGAUAUGUAGCCUAUGUCUGUUCAUAUGUGCAAGUUUGUACUGAAUGUGUCUAGGAUGAAGGACUUUUAGAACUGUUGACUUGUGUUUUGGCUUUGUAUUUUUUGUUCUAAAUAGUAUUGUGUGUUUACAUCUACACAACAUUGUUAUUCCGGGUGUUCUGUAUUCCACUGACCCUGCUGGUAAAACGUUUAUGUAUAUGUGGAUUAUGGUAAAGAUACCCUCAGAGGAACUGCUCACAGUGGAUGCUUUAUAUGUACUGAAGUGCACCCACUCCUGGUUGUGGGACAUCUUACAAAUGUUUUUAAAAUGUGUAAGAAUGAUCAUAUUUUGUAUUUUUAAGAGUUGAUGAACCAAUAUUCUUUGUGAGAACAAUCUUAAGGCCUAACUAAAUUAAUGACUUUGUAGGUGAGGGCGGGAACAUUGCAAAUCUCAAAUUGCAGAUUUAAUUUGAAGGAAUGUACCGUAAUAACUGUUGAUUAUGAUUGAAACGUGUGAGUGGGUGGUUUUGUGUGAAGAAUAGACAAUCAAAUGUUUCUAUUUAUGUCUCUCUAUUCAAUGAUGGACUGGGUUGAUUGUUUUAAGUGGUAUAUUAUGCCUUGACUUCACAGGAGUGGAUCCAUCUCCUUUAUCUAGUAAUACAGUAUGCUAUA